AUGCCGGAGGCGCCUGCUCCGUCCACGGCGCUAGCCGACGCGUCGACCGCGCCACCGGCCGAGAACGACGAACACUCUCUCAUCUGGGCAAUUCGCUGCCUCGAGUGUGACGUUGUCGAGAAAUUCCUCACUGAGGGUGUGUGCCCGCCCGCGGCCGCUGCCUCCAGCGCAUCCUUGCACGGCUCGCCUGCCAGCGGCGCCAUCCUCGAGCCCGCGCCAACCCGCGUAGGUGUGACCCAGCGCCACCUUGAUUGCGGGCUGCACGAGGUCGCGACUGGCGAGCGCCACUCGGUCGUGCACCAGGAGGCGCGGCUGCAGAUAGCGACGCGGCUCGUCGAGUGCGGCGCCGACCCCGACAACCGGCAGCAUGGGUGCGGAGGCACCCCGCUCCACCACACGCUUGCGGGCGGCUACGUCGAGCUCGUCGAGUUCCUGCUCGACGCGCGGGCGGACGUGAACGCCGCCAACCGAUACGGGGUGCACCCGCUGCACAUCGCCGUCAAGCGCGAGUACACCGACUGCAUCGCGUGCCUGAUGUCGCACGAGCUGCCGCUCGACAAGGUCAAGGAGGAGCUCGGCUGGGCCGUCCAGUACGAUUUGGGCGACGCCGCGCUCCGCACGGCAUGCGCGUGCUCUGCCCGUGGACGCUGGACAGAGCUGCAAGCCGCAACGGCGGCCGGCGAGACGGAGGCGGUGCGGCGGCUGCUCGACAGCGACGAGUCGGGGCUCGGGGAGGCGUCCAUGCCGUACAAGGCGACCCUCCUCCACCUCGCCCAGAACACCGCGCUGCACUACGCUGCGCUGGAGGCACGCGAGGGUGCGAUCGCAGAGCUGCUCAGCUGGCCGGCGGUCAAGCCGCUCCUCGGGUACCGCAAUGCGUCCGAGCUGCUGCCGCUCCACCUCUCGACAGCGGCCGGCGACAGCCGGUGCGUCGAGCGGCUGCUCGAGGCUAGCGGCGACGUCAUCGACGUGCGCGUGCGCGACGAGGGGACGGCCGCGCACAUGGCGUGCGAGAAAGGGCAUGCUGAGGCGCUGCUGCGCAACGGCGCCGACAUCGAGGCCCACGUCACUCCGCUCGAGGACCCGAGGACACCGCUGCACCUCGCGGCCGAGUAUGCGCACGAGGAGUGCGUCUCGCUGCUGCUUGAGCAGGGCGCCGACCCGACGGCGGAGCUGCCAACCUCGUUCCUGCAGCAGUUCAAGAACUUCCGCUUCCUCGUCCAGCUGCUCCGCCGCUCCUCCUGCCACGCCGCCGCCCUCUCGCAGCACUUCAAAGACGACGGGUGGAAGGAGUGCGUCAGCACGCUCGACAAGGCGCGAUAG